ACUAAACUUAAAGAUUUACGAAGAUGGAAUCGCUCAUAAAAGUUGUUUAAUAAUAAAUUAUUUAUUUUAAAAAUAUACUCGAAGUUUGCAAAAUGGGUACACAGAAGCCUGGAGAAUGGGCAAAUUCUCUUAUAGCUAGAUUUGAAGAACAACUUCCUUAUAAAACCGGUGCGCAAAAUUUGCAUUCCCGAAUCAACGAAGAGCAAUGCAAGGCCUGUUUAGUCAAAAUUAGCCAGCACAGAUUUUCUCUCGUUAUUGCCGGACUUACAAAAAUUUUGCAAAGGGUCAACGAACUUUACCAACCAACGAUAACAUCAUGCUUAAACCGUCCCCAAACGGAGCUGGAGAAGGGCUACCAUGAUAGUCUCGUCAUAGUUCUAGACACACUGGAAAUCUGUCUGAGAUCCCAACCGAAGGACACAGCCAAAUAUGACGAGGCUAUGAAUGUUAAGAUUUUAUUACGAGAAGUUUGCCAGUUCAUUGAUAUCCACAGUGAGACGAGUGUCCACAACACAUUACUAAGACAAUUGGCCAGUAAAGUCCUUUUUGCCUUAAGUCCUAACUUUUUUAAUGCCGUCUUCAACAGAAUCAGCGCCAGGUUGCAGGAACUCGCAUCAAGUUCUGAGGAGAAUCCCGACUUCACAGAUAUAGAGCUGAUACAACAUGUAAAUGUUGAUAUACUAAGACUCAUUCGGCUGCUUAAUGAAUCCAUACAGAAAUUCAAGUUAUUGAGAAAAUCGGCGCAGAUCGUGUUGAUAAUUUCCUUGGAGAAGGCCAUUUGGAACUGGAUGGACACCCACUCAAAGGAGUUCUCCGAGAUCCAACGCCGUCCGCACGAGGAGUUGGGCAACUGUUGUGACUCGUUGUUCGAUCAGCUCCAGGACAGUUUCAGUGACAACAAGAAGUCUCGCUCCGCGGUGUGGCCGGCGCAGAUCAUGCUACUGUUGCUCAACCCGGAAGUUCUGGAGGAGAUAGUUAACGCGGACAGUGGCGCCCCCUGCAGCCCUAGACAUACCAAAAAGAAACAUUUCAUAGAUUCCGUCAAAAGAGGACUGAGUCCUCAAAACAAUUCUAAGCAAAUGACGGAAGCGGCCGUGGUGACCUGCGUGAAGCUCUGCAAGGCUUCAACGUACCUCAAUAUAGCUGACAGCGGCAAUGUCACCUUCGUGCUUGUGAAGUCCGUCAUCAAUGACCUUAAGUGGCUGCUGUUCAACCCCAGCAAGCCGUACAGCCGCUCGCCCCCCGGGUGCUACGAGCUGGAGCUGUUGUCUGACUGCUUCGUCUCCCUGUUCCGUAUAAUGCCGCACUCCAACGACGCGCUGAAAGUCUGCCUCAACCUCAACACCAACAUGUCAUACCAUUAUGUCAUUGUGAACUCGCUGCUGAGGAUAAAACAACAGCCCCAGCUGUUGCCGUGGUGGCCGCAGAUAGAGUUGCUGUAUCCGAGGGCGGCGGAACUAAGGGCUAUGUUCACUGACACGCUCAAUAAAGCGACACAGGGCUACAUAGUCCACACUCCGCUGCGUAUGAUAUCCUUGUCGCUGAAGUCCAAGGAGGUCCAGUCCAAGUUCAAUAAACCGGAAGAGAUGCCGGCCUACCGGAACCUGCUGCUGCUGCUCGUCAAACUCAUACACGCUGACCCUAUGCUGAUGUUGAGUAACCCGGGCCGCUCCGGUGUUGAGAUCCAGUCCUCCACCACCGAGUUGAUCAAUGGCUUGGUGUCGUUGGUCCAUCACACCGGGAUGGGAGACAUCUCCAGGGCGGCCAUGGAUGCUCUGCUGGCUCUGCACAAACCUGACAGGGUGCACAUGUGGAAUCCUGAAGCACCCUUCAACACCUUCUGGGAUAUCAGCUCGCAGGUUCUGUAUAACAUAUGCCAGAAGCUGAUACAGAGACAGAUAUCCAACUACCGCGAGGUGUUGCGGUGGCUGAGGGAUGUGCUCACGUGCAGGAACGAGUUCCUCGCCAAGCACAAGGAGUACGCCAACAUCGGCUCCCAGAUACCCAUAUGCAAACAGGCACACAUUAAGUUGGAAGUGGUGUUCUUCAUGUGCCUGUGGUCCAUCGACACGGAGGCUGUGCUGGUCGCCAUGUCGUGCUUCGCUCUGCUGUGCCAGGAGGCGGACAUCCGGUGCGGCUCGGACGACAUGACGGUGCACACUCUGCUGCCCAACUACGCCGUGUAUCAGGAGAUCGCUCACACCUCCACCGUCCUCACUACUGCAGCGAGUCAGGACAUGUCGAGGGGAUGCUAUUACAAGAACAUACACAGCUCGGCGGCUCUGCAGAAGCGAAUAAUGGCGCUGUUGAGGAAGAUAGAGCACUGUGCUAACGGCGUCCAGCCCGUGUGGGAGGAGACCUUCCGCUGCUGGGACUCGGUGUGCAAGUUGCUCCAGAAGUACCCCAAGGGGUUCGGCGCCGGCGAGGAGGCCAUAGAACCUCUACACCGAGCGGCCGCCAAGAGACGCGUCUCCCAUCACACCAGCACAGAACACGAUAUAGAUAUGCAGAUCCAGGAGUGGGCUAACAUCACAUCGUUUCUGUGCGCGCUCGGCGGCGUGUGCCUACAGAGGCGACCGUCCAUUCUCUGGACCACUGUACACUCACACGAUUCAAGAAAAUACAACGUCCUCGCCAACAGCUCUCAGGAAGUCCAAUACUGUCCGGUCACACAGUUCAUAGGCCAACUGCUGCGUCUGCUCCUGUGCAGCAACGAGCGCUUCGGCUCCCAGAUCCAGUGUCACGUGAAGCAGCUGGUCGGCAACGAAAUGUCACCGGCCCUGUACCCGAUACUGUUCGAUCAGAUCAAGGCCAUAGUGGACAAAUUCUUUGAUCAGCAACAACAGGUGAUGCUGACUGAUAUAAACACCCAGUUCGUCGAACACACCAUAUUCAUCAUGAAGAGCAUACUAGACAACAAGAAGAGCGACCAGCCCUGUGAGCAUCUCAGCACCACCUCCAUCGAGGGGCUCAUGCUGGCCAUCGUUAGGUACGUCCGUCACCUGGAUAUGACGGUGUUGUCAGUCCACAUAAAGACGAAGCUGUGUCAAGUCGUGGACGCCAUGAUGAGGCGGAGGGACGACCUAGCUUUCAGACAGGAAAUGAAAUUCCGUAACAAGAUGGUGGAGUAUGUGACGGACUGGGUCCUGGGGACCUCUCACCAGAUAGCGCCACCUCUGAGGGCGGACGCUUCUUCCAUCACCAGGGAGUUGGAUCAAGCGUGCAUGGAGGCCGUGGCGGCUCUCCUGAAGGGUCUUCCUCUACAACCAGAAGAAUCCGACAGGGGCGACCUCAUGGAGGCCAAGAGCCAGUUGUUCCUCAAAUACUUCUCCCUAUUCAUGAAUCUUCUGAACGACUGCAAUGAGGUCGAGGUCACAGAGGGUCCAGGUCGCCUGGAGACACUCCGCAACGCAACCAUACAGGCGAUGUCCAAUUUACUAUCAGCUAACAUAGACUCAGGACUCAUGCAUAGUAUUGACCUGGGCUACCACCGAGACCUUCAGACGAGGACGGCCUUCAUGGAGGUGUUGACCAAGAUCCUUCAACAGGGCACGGAGUUCGACACCCUGGCCGAGACAGUACUGGCGGACCGGUUCGAGCAGCUGGUGCAGCUGGUCACCAUGAUAUCGGACAAGGGUGAGUUGCCCAUAGCGAUGGCGCUGGCGAGCGUGGUGGGCUCCGCUCAGAUGGACGAGUUAGCUCGUGUGCUCGUCUCCUUGUUCGACGCUAAACAUCUCCUGGCGCCGUUGUUGUGGAACAUCUUCUACCGGGAGGUGGAGGUGUGCGCUGUAUCGGACUGUAUGCAAACGCUGUUCCGCGGUAACUCCCUGGGCAGCAAGAUCAUGGCCUUCUGCUUCAAGAUCUAUGGCUACGGCUACCUCCAGGGGCUGUUGGAGCCGCUCAUCGGAGCUCUGCUGGACCAGGCCGACUGUAACCCGAGUCUCAGCUUCGAGGUGGACCCGGCCAGAUUGGAUCCCAGUCAAGAUAUAGAAAUCAACAGAAACAACCUCCGGGAUCUGACCCGGGAGGUGUUCGAGAGGAUCGUGGGCUCAGCUGACAAGUUCCCCUCCCAGUUACGAAGCAUGUGUCAUUGUUUGUAUCAGGUGCUCAGUAAGAGAUUCGUUCAGUUCCCACAGACCAGCGUGGGCGCUGUCGGCACUGUGUUGUUCCUGAGAUACAUCAACCCAGCUAUAGUGUCUCCCCAGGAGAUGGGCAUAGUGUCGCGGCCUAUCCCGGCGCACAUCAAGCGAGGUCUGAUGCUGAUGUCAAAGAUCCUCCAGAACAUCGCCAACCACGUGGAGUUCUCCAAGGAGCAGCACAUGCUGCCGUUCAACGACUUCCUCAGGGAGCAUUUCGAAGCCGGCAGGAAAUUCUUCAUAGAGAUAGCGUCUGACUGCGAGACCGUUGACCAAACCGCCCACAACCUGUCCUUCAUCAGCGACGCCAAUGUGCUGGCGUUACAUCGUCUGCUGUGGAACCACCAGGAGAAGAUCGGGGAUUACUUGUCCUGUUCCCGGGACCAUAAGGCUGUGGGCAGAAGACCCUUCGACAAGAUGGCGACACUGCUUGCUUACUUGGGACCUCCCGAACAUAAGCCUGUGGAGUCCACAUCCGGUCUGUUGUUUUCGUCGUACGCUCGCUGGUCGUCCAUAGACAUGUCGUCGACUAACUUCGAGGAGUUCAUCGUGAAGCACAACAUGCACCAGAAGGAGGAGUUCAAGAGCAUCAAGAGUCUGAACAUCUUCUACCAGGCGGGGACCAGCAAGCUGGGCAACCCCGUGUUCUACUUCAUAUCCAGGAGAUACAAGAUAAGUGAGGUGAAUGCGGAUCUUCUGAUAUACCACGUCAUCCUGACGUUAAAACCUUUCUGCCAGCAACCCUUCGAGCUGAUUGUGGACUUCACCCACACUAACUCAGAUAACCGCUUCAGGACGGAUUUCCUUCAGAAGUGGUUCACGGUGCUGCCCGAGGUGGCCUACAACAGCGUGCACGCCUGCUACAUAUACAACUGUAACGGCUGGGUCCGGGAGUACACCAAGUUCCACGAGAUCAUACUGGCGCCGCUCAGGGGGAACAGGAAGAUAGUAUUCAUUGACAACCACAGCAGGCUGAGCGACUACGUUGACCCUGAGCAACAGAAGCUCCCCGGAGCAACCCUGGCCUUGGAGGAGGAUCUCAAAGUCUUCAACAACGCCCUGAAGCUCUCACACAAAGACACCAAAGUUUCCAUCAAGGUUGGUCCGACCGCCCUGCAGAUCACCUCCACUGAGAAGACGAAGGUCCUGGGUCUGCCUGUCAUGUUGAAUGAUGUGUACUAUGCAUCGGAGGUGGAUGAGGUUUGUCUGGUGGACGACAACCAGUUCUCGCUGUCCAUCAUCAACGAGGCGACCCCUCUCAGCUUCAUACACAACGACUGUGACAACAUUGUACAGGCCAUUAUACACAUAAGGAACAGAUGGGAGCUGAGCCAACCGGACUCAGUGACAGUUCAUCAGAAGAUUCGUCCCAAGGAUGUGCCCGGGACUCUCCUCAACAUGGCGCUCCUCAACCUGGGCUCGUGUGACCCCACGUUGCGGACGGCGGCUUACAACCAGCUCUGCGCCCUCACAGCCACCUUCCACCUGAAGAUUGAGGGACAGCUUUUGGAGACCUCUGGUCUCUGCAUACCCUCGAAUAACACGAUUUUCAUCAAGUCUGUGAGCGAGAAGCUCGCCCACAACGAACCGCAUUUGACCCUGGAGUUUCUUGAAGAAUGUAUACAGGGCUUCGGUAAGUCCACCAUAGAACUGAAGCAUUUGUGUCUAGAGUACAUGACGCCUUGGUUGGCCAAUUUAGUGAGAUUCUGUAAGCCGUCGGACGAAUCUCGCCGUCAGAAGCAAGUGGCUGGUAUACUGGAGAAGCUGGUGACUCUCACCAUAGAGGAAACUCAGAUGUAUCCAUCGGUCCAGGCCAAGAUAUGGGGAUCCAUAGGGCAGGUCCCGGAACUGAUAGACAUGGUGCUAGAUAGCUUCUUACAGAGAAGUGUCAAAUCUGGUCUCGGGUCGCCCAUGAUCGAGAUAAUGGCGGACACAGCUGUGGCUCUCGCCUCCGCCAACGUGCAGCUGGUGUCGAGGAAGGUCAUCGGCAGAAUGUGUCGGGCCCUUUCGAAACUCCCAAAUAACGCGCUGGGCCCAGUAACGCCGGCUACCGUGGUCGACAAGACCUGUCACUCGCCCACGGCUAUGCUGGAGCAGCACAUGAUGUGGGCGGACAUAGCCAUCCUCGCCAGAUAUCUGCUGAUGCUGUCGUUCAACAACUGCCUGGACGUGAUCCGUCACCUGCCGUACUUGUUCCACACGGUGUCGUUCCUCGUGUACUCCGGCUCGGUGUCGAUGAGGGCGGCCACUCACGGCCUCGUCAUCAAUAUCAUACACUCGCUCUGCACCUGCAACUCGCCCAGCUUCUCCGAGGACACCCAGCGUGUGUUGAUGCUGUCGCUGGAUGAGUUCGCUCUGCCUAAAUUCUACCAGAUGUUCGGCAUAUCCAAGGUCAAGUCUGCAGCGGUCACGGCCUUCAGGAGUCCGCACAGGCAUAUAGGAGACUGGUACUCGGAACAUUCGUACUCGGAGUGCACGGUAGCCUCGGGCUGCGCCGCGGGCCCGCAGGCCGAGCGGGAGCGUCUGCCCCUGCAGUCGUUGGAAACCAUCGCCGACGCCCUGCUCGAGAUUAUGGAGGCCUGCAUGAGGGACAUACCCGACUGCGACUGGCUCGAUACAUGGACGUCUUUGGCUAAAAGCUUUGCGUUUUGCUUCAACCCUGCGCUGCAACCUCGAGCCCUCAUAGUAUUCGGUUGUAUUAGUAAAAACGUGACGGACGACGACAUGAAGCAGUUACUGAGGAUAUUGGUGAAGGCUUUAGAGGUGUUCAACGACCUGGCGCUGCUGGAGGCUCUCAUCAUGUGUCUCACCAGGCUACAGCCGUUACUGCAUCCGGAGUCUCCAAUCCACGCAGCCUUAUUCUGGGUGUCACUGUCAGUACUUCAGCUAGACGAGACCGCGCUCUACGCAGCUGGGUUGGCGCUCAUGGAGCAGAACCUCCACACACUCGACUCGCAAGGAGCCUUUGAUAAUAAGACUUUGGAGCAAGUUAUGAUGGAGACGAGAGAGCCUCUGGAGUGGCAUUUCAAACAAUUGGACCAUGCUGUGGGGCUCAGUUUCCGUUCUAACUUCCACUUCGCCCUGGUCGGACACCUGUUGAAGGGCUUCCGUCAUCCAGCAGCUGGAACUGUCUCCAGGACUUGCAGGGUGCUGGCAGCUCUGCUAGCGCUCGCCGCUAGACCUAACAGGGACAAGUUUCAACUGACACAUCGCACUGUCGCAUACCUUACGGCGCUGGUGUGUGUGUCUGAGGAGGUUCGUUCUCGUUGUCACGUCAAGCACUCUCUCCCCAAGUGGCUUCCUGACAACUGUGACCAUUACUGUCCAUCAUCGGAUCAUCCUCAGUCCUCGAUGCUGAUACAGCCAACAACUCACUCCUGUAGCGGUAGGCGGAAAACAGAAGAACACAGCACUGGUAAAUCUCCCCACUCCAGCGGCAGUCACAGCCCGCACCUGCCGUCUGUCGCACAUCAGUCAGCCAGGAUGCGUUUCAAGACACAGAGAUCCUUCUCCGUGCCGACGUCCAAAGACACUAUAAGACCACCCAGGGACGGUGAAGGGAGAGCUCAUAGCGUUCAACACGGCUCCGCAGAAAGAGACAUCACUGACGCUGACAGCGGACUCGAUGUGGCGGAGGCCGAGGGGCGGAACACCCCCGCAGACGAGGCGGAGCGCCCGCCCUCCGCUCGAUCCGGAGAUUGUGACUAUUCAGAACACUCCUCUAAGUCGGAUAAGGAUUCAUCUCGGAACUCGCUCCUGGAUCCAUCGGUUCUGAGUGACUUCACGACACAAGCUUUGGUGCUGACUGUACUGGCUACGCUCGUGAAAUAUACCACAGACGAGGAUGAGAUCAGGAUCCUGUAUCAGUACCUGGCGGAGGGUUCCGUGGUGUUCCCAAAAGUUUUCCCAGUCAUUCACAGCCUCCUGGACAUGAAGAUCAACCACGUGCUGAUGCACUGCCACGACCAGGUCAUACUCAGCGCUGUGCAGAGUAUAAUACAGAACAUGAUAGCGUCCGAGGACGCUAGCCAGCAACAGUUACACUACAUGCAGUCCUGUGGCUUCGGCGGUCUGUGGAGGUUCGCGGGGCCGUUCACUAAGAAUCAAUGUACAGCGGAGAACAGCGAAUUGUUCGUGUAUUGCCUGGAGGCUAUGGUGGAGACCUGUCUCCCGGGAGAGGUCCGGGAUAGGCCUCCGCCCCCAGACCCGGACCCAGCGCCACGACUCAGGAACGUUCAGUAGAUAUACCACAUAAAGACAUACACUGCACCGACUGUAUAGAUUAUACCAGUUGUAUACACUAUACAGGGUGUGUAAGCCACACCGACAGUACACAUUACGAGAACGAUACGUCACGGACUAUAACAUUUGCGCAAAGGAAUGUACUACUGACAUGGAUGAAGUUACUUUGGGAUGACUAUACACUGAUGACGUCAUUAAACGUUAAAACCGACAGUUCCAACGUAUUCAGCCCAAUAUAAUGUUAACGGUACAGAUCUUUAUAUAUAUAUACAUUAUAAAGAAAUCAUGAAAACCUUUCUCUACUUGUGAAUAAGGUUUUUUUUUUAUUCUCUCACAGUUCGGAAACUGCUUUUUUUAUAAGUACGAUCAAAAAGUAACAGAAAGAAUUAAAUAUUAAGGACCGUGCAUUUUUUAGAAAACAUAAUAUUUUUUUAUGUAUAAGUAGAAUUUUCAUUAAAUGUAUAAAUAUUUUUUAUUUAUAUAAAUGUCUAGAAUUUAACAUAUUUUGUUUCUGAUAAUCUCUAAAACUUAUCUUGUGUCUCUGAUGUGAGGCCCAUAGAGAAAAAAUUGUCCAUAUUUAUAUUUAUGGUACUCACAUAAAGAUUUGAAAACUUUUAGACAUGUUAAAAUAUUAUUUUUUUGUCUGUGAUCCGUUUGUGACUUUAAACUGUUAACAAAAGUAUAUUUUAUCAAAAAAUUUAAGAUGCCUAAUUAUAAAAUGUCGGCUUACAUAUCAAAGUCAUUGACGGACAAAGGAUUUCUGCAGAAAACAUAUUAAAAAUUAAUAAUCAACCAAGCAAAACCAGGUCUAAGUACUACUCACUUGGGCUAUAUACAAAUAAAGGCACUAUAUAUUUAAAAAUAUGAAUAAAAAUAACUAUUGCUAUGAUAUAAGGGACGGUGUUAGCUUCGUCUUAGAUUUAGACAACACAGAUAGCAAAAUUAAUGUACCUCGCUUUGUCAUUUUAAUGUAAUCUGUGAGUGUUAUAUGUUUUUAACUUAAAUGUCAGUAGUUUAUAUUACAUAUAUAUAUAUAUAUUUAAUACAAAGGUGCUUAUUUAAAUUUUUAUUUGAAUAACUUUUGUUUAGGUAAAUCUAAAGCGUACCUCAAUUAUAGUACAAAUAAAAACAGCUGAUGACAUCCCGUCUCAUAUACGAUGUAAUUUUAUUAUUUUCAUUGAGAUAUAUAAAAAUGAAUAUAAUCUUAAUAAAAAAAAUUAAUAUAGCUAUAUAUAUACAUAUAUAUAUUAUCAGUUGUUUUGUCAGUUUGUCUGCGCCUAUAUCAUGUGAAUUUUCACACACCUCGUAGCUCGGGCCUAUAUUUUAUAUACAAUUUUAAUGUUGAGAAUUAUUUAAAUAGUUUAUAUUCAUAUAUAUAUAAUGAGAUAUGAUUUUGUCUAACUUUAUAAUACGUUAAUUGUCAACAUUAUUUUAAUAUAUGUUACACAGUAUUAUUAUUUAUAAGAACAACUUAUACACUAAGUAGAUAGUUUAAUGUCUUCAAUAAAAUGUGUCCACUAA